GCAUGCAAUCAACCAUGCACUAGGGUUACAAAGGCUUGCUUUUCUUUUCGGUAAAAUUGUUUUGUGCUAAAAUUGGCAGUAUUGCCGGCCAACAAUUUCAUUUUGAAUAUUGGGCAUCCAAUCCCACUCCUGGUUUUCCUCCGAGGCUUUGCCGAGGAGUAUCUGUCUCUUCUUAGACGGCCGUGCUGAUGCUCCUAACCGACUGCAACCAUGUUCUCGAUCGCAGCUAUCAACGACUGCGAUUCCAGUGGCCAGCGGGAGCCUCUUGCGCCCACCAAAGAAGCCCAGGAAUUUCAUCUUUCUCAGAGUUAUCAUGAGGGGCUUCUGAAGUUGCAGGACAGAGAUUAUGCAAAAGCCCGUGAGCUUUUUGAGGCUGUUUUAAAAGAUCCUCUAAUAUCAAGUUCACAUAUUGGUAAGAAUGCUGGUGACAGCCACUUGCUGCAGCUGAGAUUUUUGUCAUUGAAGAAUCUUGCCUUGGUUUUUUUCCAACAAGGCUCGGAUCAUUACAAUAGUGCUCUUCACUGCUAUCUUCAAGCAGUGGAGAUUGAUUCUAAAGAUUCAGUUGUUUGGAAUCAGAUUGGAACACUGGCUUGCACCAUGGGCUUAUUUAGUACAUCACGAUGGGCAUUUGAGCAGGGGCUUAUAUGCAGUCCCAACAAUUGGAACUGCAUGGAGAAACUCUUGGAGAUAUUAAUCGCUAUUGGAGAUGAAGUUUCAUCCCUUUCUGUGGCAGAGCUGAUACUGCGGCACUGGCCAUCACAUUCUCGUGCGCUGCAUGUCAAGAAGAUAAUUGAGGAUGCAGAGCCAUUACCAUUUGCGCCUCGUGGAAUAGAUAGGCUGGAGCCAAAGCAUAUUCGACUAAAGUUUCCCGAGAAGAGAAAAGUAACAGAUGACAUAAUUGAUGAGAAUAACUCAUCAAAAAAACCUAAACAAUCUGUUGAACUUCAAUUGUCAGAGGCAACUUGGGCAAUUACUGCAGAUGCAAUUUUAGGCCUCUUAUUUCCUGCAGCCAGUAGGUUAUCCGAACAAGUCUUUUCACUACAAGAAACUUCACUAAAUGGUAAAGUCGGUUGCAGGCGAGGGGAUACUCAUAAUGUUGAUGAAUGUGGGCUUCGAGCAUUAACAAAUUCAAGUAUAAACAUACGCAUAUCCUCAACUUCAAAAACUGUUGUGGAUUUAGCUGGACCAGAGAUUUGUCCAGCUGGUGAAAAUAUGGCUGUCACUUCCUGUAGUUUUGAUGAAACAAGAAUGAUGAAAGAUAAGGAAAUCUGUGUGGACAAAGAACAUCAUCAUGAAAGGCGAAGUAUGCGCCUUGAAAGGCUAAGAAGCCGCAAAUCAGGAAAAGAAGAGUUGGAAUUUUCAAGUGGGAAGGAUCCUUCAAAAUUUGUCUUGCGAACUUUAGAACCUUUUAUACUUAAUAAGUCUGGAGCAAGAAAUGUUGAUUAUUCUGGAAAUAGUAAUUUUUCUGAUGCUGACAAUUUUACAUAUUCUUCAGUUCAAGAAUGCAAUGCUGUUACUCAAUUCAUCUCUAAGGCUUCAAAAAAUUGUGGGGCGUACCAUAUAGGACAUAUGUUUCUAGAAGAGAUUUCAAAAGUGACUGUUCCUAUUCAAGUUUGUUUUGCUAAGAUCCUUGAAAUAGAAAAGUUGACAAGGCAUUGGGGCCAGGAUAGGAGUCCGUUAUGCUUCCUGUUUCUAGCUGAGUUAUGUUUUGAUCAAUGUUCAAUAUCUACUGAUGAAUCCAAGCAAGUUGAAUUUUUCUCUGACUCAUCCUAUCAUCUAUGUAAAGUCAUUGAGUUAGUGGCUAUGGAUUCACCAAAUGCCUUUGUUGGUGUACACGACAAUCUCAAUAGCUCAAAAGGUAGCUUAUGUGUGGAUAAUACUAAUAACCAAUCAAAUUCUUUGAGUUGCACUUUCGAGAAUGAUAAUAUUGUAAUCAGCAAUAUUUUUCCAUCAGGAGUAUUGGAUGUUCACCGGCAAUCUAACGAGAACAAUUCUGCAUUUUGGGCUCGUUUCUUUUGGUUAAGUGGCUGCCUGUCCCUUUUGCAUGUUAGCAAGGAAAAAGCAUUGAAAGAAUUCAUCAUUUGCUUAUCAAUUUUGAGAAAAAAUAGCGAGACAUCAGAUUCUGUGCCUUUACUUCAUUGCAGAGUCAAGUCACUUACUAUUGACAGGGUUAUUAAUGAAAUUAAUUUGUUAACGUUAGAUACAUUGCUUCAUAAGGUUAAUGUGGACUUUAUGGAGAAGGGUUUGUAUGCAAAAUGCAUAGAAAUGCUUUCCCCACUAUUACUUUCCACAAAAGAUGUCUACCUUGACGUGGUAUCUGCUUCCUCAAAGGAAAGUGAUGGAGUCAUAUCUCUUGAGUUGAGGGCUAUAGAUAUCUUAAUAUCAGCUUGUCAAAAAACAGAGCCUAUGAACAGUGAGCUCUAUUUAAACUGUCACCGACGGAAAAUGCAAUUGGUUAUUGUUGCUGCUGGUAUGCUAGGUUUUCGCAAAUUACAAAAUGAUAAAAGCUCAUAUCUCAAAACAAGCUCUGCCUCUGAUUUGGGAAAUCCAGAUUCUGUAGAUAAGCGGUGGCUAGAAAUGUUAGCUGAAGAGAUAAAGGAUAUAUGUCAAAUAGCGACAAGGAUGAGGACUAUUGUUGAUCAGAAUGCAGCUCAUGGUUGCAUGGAUUCAGUGGAUACUGUUAUUGGUAAUAUUCAGAGCCUACUUUUAACAGUUAUAUGCAGUUCAGUCGGAAAAAUACUCAACCAAAAAGUCUCAAUUCCUGGAAAUUUAAGUCCUACAGAUGACUUAGAAUGUUGUCUUCUUGUUGAUGCUGCUAUUGCAUUCUGCAAGCUGCAACAUCUUCUUCCUUCAGUUCCUGGCAAAGCUCAAGUUGAUCUAAUUGUUGCUGUCCAUGAUUUACUUGCUGAAUAUGGACUUUGCUGUGCUGGUCGGGACAUUAAUGGAAAAGAAGGGGCGUUUCUCAAAUUUGCAAUCAAGCAUCUUUUGGCCUUAGAUAUGAAACUGAGAUCACUACAUGGUUCGAAUGGAAAAGAGGAAAUGUUACAAAGAGAUGGGCAAGAAGGAGUGAAUGCUGAUUGUUGCUUACCCAAAGAUGGAGUUGAAAAUGGAAAGUUUCCUAUUGAUUUGAACUCUGACUCUACUGGAGAGAACAAUGGAGCACUUGCUAUUAACGAGAUUACUAACCAAACGAUAGAUACCGAAAUAGAAAAAGUGCAGCUGGGUAUUGAAAGUGCUUUAGAUCAGAGUUUUUUCUGUUUGUACGGCCUUAACAUAAACCCAGAUUCAUCAAGUGAAGAUGACUUAGCCUUGCAUAAAAAUACUAGUCGUGGAGAUUACCAGACCAAGGAACAGUGUGCUGAUGUAUUUCAAUAUGUUUUACCAUAUGCAAAAGCUUUAUCAAGAAAUGGCUUGGUGAAGCUUAGAAGAGUGUUCAGAGCCAUUCGUAAACACUUCCCUCAACCGCCAGAUGAAUUAUUAUUGGAAAAUUCAAUCUGUAGAUUUUUAGAUAGCCCCGAGUUAUGUGAGGAUAGGCUGUAUGAAUUAUCUAGAACUGAUGGAAAUCAUGAUGCGGUCAUGAAUCUACUUUUCAUUAAUGGUAGAUGGUCUGAAAUACUUCAAACAUCAUCAGCUGUUGGCAGCUGCAGCUCGGAAACAUACAUUGAGGUUUAUGGAAACUUGUAUUACCUUAUAGGGCAGGCUGAGGAUACUAGUGCUACUGAUAAAUAUCCUGGCUUUGUACUAAAAAAGGAAGGUGAAGAAUUCGUUGAACAAAAUGCCAAUCUUUUCAAAUUUGAUUUACUGUACAAUCCUUUGCGUUUUGAGAGCUGGCACAAGCUUGCUACUAUUUAUGAUGAGGAAGUGGAUUUGUUGCUAAAUGAUGGAAGUAAACACAUAAACAUUAUGGAGUGGAGAAAGAAUGCUACUCUGCCUCAAAGAGUUGAAAUUGGCCGAAGGCGUUGCAGACGAUGUUUACUAAUGAGUUUAGCUUUAGCUAAGACUUCAGAUCAGCAGAGCCAAAUACAUGAGUUGCUUGCACUAGUUUACUACGACAAUAUCCAGAAUGUUGUUCCAUUCUAUGAUCAAAGAUUUCAUGUGCCUAAAAGGGAUUCAAUAUGGAGGGCUUCUUGUCAGAAUUCGAUGAAACAUUUUGAGAAGGCGUUUGCACUCAAGCCUGAUUGGCUUCCUUUAUUUUACUUGGGAAAGCUCUGUGAAAAGCUGGGAUAUUCACAUGAUCAGGCUUUUUCAUUUUAUAGUAAAGCUGCUUCCUUGAAUCCUUCUGCAGUUGAUCCUGUAUAUAGAACACAUGCUUCACGCCUAAAGUUGCUUUAUGCUCAUGGGAAAAGAAAUUUAAGUGUUCUUCAGGUAGUUGCUGCAUAUGCCUUCAAUCAAGAAGCAAAAGAAAAGAUCCUCAACAUGUUCAGUUGGACUUCCCAGGAUCUUCUAAAUUUUGAUGGCAUGAAAGAUACAGCUCCAAAAAAUUCAAAAGACAAAGUGAACUCUGAAAUUCUGUUGGAUGAGGCAUGGCAUGUACUCUAUGAUGAUUGCCUGUGUGCUUUGCAGAUUUGCGUGGAAGGUGAACUAAAACACUUUCACAAGGCAAGGUACAUGCUUGCCCGGGGAUUUUACAGGAGGGGUGAGUCUGGGGAUCUGGAGAGGGCAAAGGAUGAACUCUCCUUCUGCUUCAAAUCAUCGCGGUCAGCUUUUACCAUAAACAUGUGGGAGAUAGAUGGUGCAACAAAAAAGGGCAGACGGAAAUAUUCAGGUCAUGGUGGAAAUAAGAGGAAUCUUGAGGUUAGCUUGUCAGAAAGUUCUCGAAAAUUUAUUACUUGCAUCCGGAAGUACAUUUUAUUUUAUUUGGAUUUGUUGGGAAGGACUGGAGACUUAUCUACUCUAGAGAGAGCUUAUACUUGUUUGCGGACUGAUAAGAAGUUCUACUUGUGCCUGUGCGAUAUUCUCCCAAUAGCUAUUGGAAAGUAUGUUCAGGUUUUGGCAUCUUCAAUUCGUAAUGCUGGGGCUGUCGGAUCAAUUGAUAAGAGUACUCUUGAGCAAUUGUUGGAGAGAAUGUUUAACUUAAUCAUCGAUCAUGUGAGCAUUUUGGCAGACUUCAGUGGUUUACCUGAGGUGAAUAGCCCUGAAAUAUCAGAGGCAAAUUUGUGUGGUUAUAUUCACCAAUAUAUCGACUUACUGGAAAGCGAUAUCCGGUUGGACGCUCUCGAAGGAAUUCAUGAGAAGAUCCGCAAGCGAUUCAAAAACCCCAAACUGUCUUGUACUAACUUUGCAAAAAUUUAUAAGCAUGCUUCUUUGGCUUGGUGUCGAGCACUUCUUAUGAAGCUUGCUUCAGUAACCCCCAUUCCUGAUGGUGGUUACUCAACUGAACAGAGUCAUCAGAUCGGUGCUUGGGAGAAUGACCUUCUACUUUAUGUUGAUCUACAACCAGAUGAAUUUUUCAGUACAACAUUAUUAGAAGGUUUUACGCAUUCCAAAGGCCUUGAUUUGAACUGGUACCAGAUUCUAUCAAAAAUCAAAGAUGUUUGUGUCAGACAAGCAUCUGAAGAGAACCUGGAGGCCUUAGCUGCUCUCAUGAGAUGUUCCUACAAUUUUUUCCGAGAAAGCUCAUCUGCCGCACUCCCAUCUGGCAUCAAUCUAUACACAAUUUCUUCAUCACAAGCUCCAGUUGAUGGACUUCUCACCCCAGAAAGCGCAAAGAUUGAAUUCCUUGAUCUUAGUAUACCAAGGAAGCUGCUCUUGUGGGCUUACACUUUGUUCCAUGGCCGAUAUGCAAAUAUCUCGACUGUUUUGAAGUUCUGUGAAGAAAAUGCAAAGUCAAGGAUGAGAAGGGGAGCAGCAGCAUCACCAAUUAUUCCACAGGGCAAUGUACCUGUUGCUGCUGUUGCUGCAAUUCAUGCAGUUGAAAUCGAGGACAACCCAUCUGUUUCCAAGUCUCCUGCCCUACAUCAAGAGGAUUCUGCAAGCAUUUCAAAUGUGUUUCUUGCCUUAAAUGAAGUUCCAAAGUCCUCAGAUACAGCUCUUCCAGUUCCAUCUAUUGUAGCUCUUCCAACAUCACAGCUCAAUCGGUGUAAUUCAACUAAGGGCCCAGAAAAUGCCCAGCAGGACAUUAAUUAAAGGAAAAAAAAACGCAGAUUUUGCUGUCAAUCAAGCCUUUAGCAAUCCUAUACGUCUUUACAUUCCAUUUGACUAUUGUUCUCAUUCGGAUUAGAAGAUCAAAGUGAGGGACUAAUAAGUAGAAAAUCAAUGAGAUUCAUCCGGGAGAAUAUUUUCUGAAUCCAUGGAGCUCUUCCUUCUGGAGUUUAUCAGCUUCAAGGUGAGGAAUCUAAGCUUCUUUAGUUGUAUAAAGGUUAUGUAGAUGUUUAUCUUAAAUCCUCAUCAUGAGUUCUAGGAAGAGAAGGUUUUGUAAGCUUCUUUUAGUUGCUUAAGGUUGUCAGUUCGAUCAGAUUUGAAAAUUGGAUUCAUAUUGAGCUGGCUCAAGUCGGUUUGGUUCGAUGGAAAAUCAUUGAACUAGUAUUGAUUUUAUAGAACCAGCUGAUGCGGUGUAGGCUUUCAUGCA